UCAUUUUUGUCUCAUUUUGUUCUUCUACUUCACUAAUGUUCAAAAGAAGAGAUUUAGGGAAAUACUAAUACUUAUUCCACCUCUGAGCAUUUUUAUUGAUGAUUGCGAGCAUUCAAUAAAACAAACAACUACGCACUCUAUAAUUUACGUAGAGCAGCUCUGCGGUCUCUGGUUCUCAAGGGGGGGUGUAUUCGAUAUCCCCCGCUGCCCCUCCCGCUGUACAAACCGGGUGGGCGGGGCGUAAUCGCACAUUGUGUGUGUGUGUGUGUGUGUGUGUGUGUGUGUCCUCCCCGGCUCGCUGGCUCGAGACGGAUUACCGCCGGCUCGGUGACUGAAACCACACCGUCGCCGUCGGUCGGUCGGUCGGUUGUUUCUCUGACGGGCAACCGGCAACUUCACGCCUUGAGGACAACAACAGCGGGAGAUUCCGGUUGUUGUUGUUGUUGUUUUCUGCAGUCCGGGAGAUUAUGUCCGGAGCUCCGCGUGCCGCCGCCGCCUCGGACAAAAGUUUACCGGGAACAGUGACGCGGUCACACCGGCGCGGCGGACGGUAACAGCGAUGGCGGAGCGCGGCGCUUGCGAUGCCAACGUCCUCGGCGUCCCGGUGCCGAUGCGCCGCGGCGGCUCCGAGUCCAACCUGCACGCGGUGGACGGGGCCGGGGACGGCGGGGUCGGGGACGACGGGGUCGGCCUGGACUUCACCAAGGGGGCGCUCGGCAUCGACAGCCUGCAGCAGAAGGUCCUCAAGGUGACGGAGCAGAUCAAGGUGGAGCAGGCGGCUCGGGACCAGAACGUGGCCGAGUACCUGAAGCUGGUGAACAACGCCGACAAGCAGCAGGUGGGGCGGAUCCGCCAGGUCUUUGAGAAGAAGAACCAGAAGUCGGCGCACACCAUCGCCCGGCUGCAGAAGAAGCUGGACCAGUACCACCGCCGCGUGAAGGACGGCGAGACCAACGGGAAGCCCCACCCCCUCCCCAACCACAAGGAGUCCGGGACCCACAGCAAAGAGGGCAGCCUGCGCGACGUCAGCGCCGCCGGGCGCCACCCGGCGCUGGACAAGGUGAAGACCAUCGGGCCCGGCGUGUCGCUCUCGCCGCCGUUCUUCUUCAACAAGUCGCGGGAGUUCGCCAACCUCAUCAGGAACAAGUUCGGCAGCGCCGACAACAUCGCCCACCUCAAGAGCUCCAUGGAGUCGGGGGCGGGGCUCCACGCGGAAGGCGCGGCGCGGGGCCUGAGCGGCAGCGCCACCACGGUGGCCAAGGCGACCAAGUACCAGAGCGACGACGAGUGCUCCACGGGGACGUCCGCCUCCGCCGACUCCAACGGGAACCCGGCCGGGGGCUCCGGGGCGGAGUCCGGGGGCGCCGGGAGGUCGGACUCCAACGGGCGGCUGGGGGAGGUGCUGGAGGUGGUGCGGGAGGUCAGGGAGGCGCAGGUGCAGCUGGCGGAGGACAUGGAGAGCAUGAACACGCAGUUCAAACGGGAUUACAGCUACUUCACGCAGAUGAUGCAGGAGGAGAGAUACAGGUAUGAGCGGUUGGAGGACCAGUUAAAUGACCUGACGGAGCUCCACCAGAACGAGACCAUCAAUCUGAAGCAGGAGCUGGCGAGCAUCGAGGAGAAGGUGGCCUACCAGGCCUACGAGAGGGCCAGGGACAUCCAGGAGGUGCUGGAGUCGUGUCAGACCCGCGUCUCCAAGCUGGAGCUCCAGCAGCAGCAGCAGCAGCAGACGGUGCAGGUGGAGAACACCGACGCCAAGGUGCUGCUGGGGAAGUGCAUCAACAUCAUGCUGGCCAUCGUCACCGUCAUCUUGGUCUGCGUUUCCACGGCGGCCAAGUUCACCGCCCCGCUGCUGCGCAGCCGCCUGCACAUGGCGCUCACCUGCGUGGGCGUGUCCGUGCUGGCGCUGCUGUGGAAGAACUGGGAACACUUGCAGGGCGCCGUGGAACGACUGCUCCUCCCGCGCUGAUCGGCGGGGUCACGGCACGAGACCCGGGGAGGGGCCCGGGGGUUUCCUCUCGUGGGGGCGGAGCUUACAUUCGGCCUCGCACCAGCCGUGUUUUUGGGCUCCACGGUGACUUGGUUGGUGGCUUUUGUUCUUCGCGUGCCUCAACGGGGUCCACAGACAGACUUUCCCAGAAUGCACCUCCACUGGAAUUCCUCCACACGGACGUAAGCUUGUAUGACUUUUACACCACGCUGACAUCAAUGCGUAUCACUACAGUCCAAAGUACCCGGCGACUAAAAGACGAGUCGGUUGGAGUCGAUCGGCCGUAUCAUUGGCCGUCGGAUUCCCCGUCUGCUCUCCUCCGGUCAUCAGAGGGAAGAACGCGGAAGGAUCGUCGGCGCAUUGGGAACACAGCCGGUUGUUUCCUCUCCCGUAUGUGGAUCCUCCGCAGCCCUGUGAACAAACUCUCCCUGGCUGCACGAGGCCGACAGGUCCUGCACACCCGCCAGCUGUGACAUCACAACGACACCUCCACCGGAAGGUGCAGCCGUACUGUAUUUACGUCGUGUUUGUCCCCGUCGCUGUCUCAUUUAAUGAGGACAUUUUACAAGUUGUUGUCUUUUUAACUGUGGGUGUGGGAUUGUGCGUUCGUGAAGUGUACGUCUCACAGCGUUUCCUUUGUUCGGGACAGUUAAAACUUUUCUGGCCUCCGGUCUUGUUGUUUUGAUGCUUUUUUUUUUUUUGUAAAACGUGUGGUAUGUUUUUCGGGUAACAUACGAGUCGCUGUGCUUUUCUCCAAUGAUUGCAGUUUUAGCGUCGACAAGCUAGCCUGUCAACUGUGAGGCAGCAUUGGGCGACUGGAGAAAAGCUCCAUCAUGUCUUGGCUUUUAAAUUAAAUCGCCUUUUUUUUCUCCUCUGGAUGUGAAUAGAACAAAUUUACUUGAGUGUAAAGCCUUUGAUGCUGCAUUCAAGUCCUGUGGGAAUAACCAUAACAACGUUAUGGCGGCUCAAGGUCCUGACUUGAAAGGAUUUCCAAUUGAUGAAACUUGUAUUCAAGCAACAGACAGAUCGCUGGAUGGAUUUCUGCUCCUACGUUUUAAUUACACAUAAUUACUCUUACUACUUUCUUUUCAUACAUGACAGCUGAGAGAAGUGACAUUCGAGGUGAAACCUGCACACAAAGUCGUCAUAUUUUAAUAAAUAUGAAUUUUGAUAACUCAGGAGAUGUUCUAUUUAAAAUAAAUAAAUGUCAGAAACCAAAAAAGUGGUGGUAUCAACCCCUUAGCGCCUGUUUUUCCCAGGUGACUUGAAUGCAGCAUGACAGUCUCGAUGCAGGGAGGCGAGCGACGUAGCUGCUGUUACCCAGCAUCCCUGUGAUGAUGAGGGGGGUGAAAUGAGGCUUGUCAAUGCAGCUUAUUUUCUUCUUUGUAUUCAGUCCAGUCUAAAGCCAAAUAUGGAAAUUUUUAAAGCACGGCCUUUCUAAGCAACACUGAAAUAGCUUUUUUCUGUUUUCUUUCCAUCGAUCUUUGGUGUUUUUAUUUUUUCUUUCUUAAAUCGAUCACACUCGUUUGAUGUGCUCUUCAUGAGUUCAGUGCACCUCCUCUCCAAAGCUGAAAGUCCAUAAUGUAUAUUUUCAUAUUAUUGUCUCUUCUAUGUGCAUCACUUUCUGGUGACGGUUCCGUAACAUCCUCAUAUUUUCAAAUGAGAAAAUAAACCUGAUUUUGUUUAAAGAUCUUUCCAUA